AUGUUGAUUAAUUUAUCUGCCUUCAUUCUUCUGCUGGUGGAACUGUUGUCACUGGGAGAUCUGUCAUCGACCAAUAACGAUGAUAAUCAAUAUCAAGUACAAAUAACACAUAUAUUUGUCAAUCAACCGACUUCAUCAACUAUACUUAAUACAUUAUCAACAAAUAUGCAAUGGAUUAAAACAUUAAAAAAUAUAACAGAAGAUCGUGGUCAAACAGUUCUUUUAGAAUGUCAAGUUAAAUCUUUAUAUCCUGUAUCAUUUAAUUGGUAUAGAUAUAAUAAUCCAAUUGAUAAAAAUAGUUUUAAUAUUGAGGAAAAUUUUUUUCAAUCGAGUAUUCGUUUAAAAAAUUUAAAAGAAUCUCAAACUGGUUUUUAUACAUGUGAAGUAUCAAAUGGUUUACAAACAUUGACAUCAACUGGAUUUGUUCGAGUAAAAAAUUCAGAUUUUGAUUCAAUUGAUUUAAAUGAUGAUUUAUCACCAUUCAUUGAAUUUCAACCUGAAAUUAUAAUAAAUAAUGAUGAAUUAAUAGAGAAAUUAAAAUGUGAAUUAUAUAAAGGAAAUAUUUGUCGAUUAAUAAUUGGUUCGAAUAAUAUUGCUGUAGGAACAUUAAAUCAAAAAGAAAUUGAACGAAAUUUAAUUGAAAAUAUUCAAUUUCUAUCAAAUGAAUGUCGUCAAUUAUUAUUACCUAUGAUUUGUUUUUUUGUAUAUCCUAUUUGUGAUAAAAAUCAAAUAACUGUUCGAUCAAUAUGUCGAAAAUCAUGUUAUUAUUUUCAAAAUAAUAAUUGUAUGAGAGAAAUGUUUAAACAACCAGAACCUUAUUCAAAUUUUCGAGUUUCAUAUACUAUACCAACAUGUGAAAAUUUACCACCAUCAAGUGAAGAUGUAUCUUGUAUUAAAGUUGAUCAAUAUCGCAAUGUUUCAUCGUUUACAAGCAUAUCUUCAAUUAGUGGAGAUUCAUCAUCAUCAUCGAAUUAUCUUCAAAUUUUAUUUCUAAAAAUUAUCAUAACUGUUGCUCUGAUUUGUAUAUUAAUACUAUUUUUUUAUUGUUGUUAUCGUAAUCGAAAGAAAAAGAAUCAUUUAUCUUCAAGUUCAAUAGUAUCAACACCAAGAAUAAAACCUUCUUGUCUUGUAAAUCCAAUUCCAUCAUCACCAAUCAUUAUUAAACAAAAUCAUUAUCAUCAUCAACAUAUUAAAUCAUCAUCAUCACCAAUAACAAAUAUAAAAUUACCUAGCUUACAUCAUCGUCAAACAUUACUUCAACCAGAAUCUAAUUAUCAAGAAUCAUAUCUUCCGCUCAGUGGUAAUACAAUAUAUGAAAUUCCAAUGACAAAUAUACGUUUUUUACAAGAAAUUGGUCAAGGAGAAUUUGGACGAAUAUAUAUCGGUGAAUUAAUUGAAAGUAACAAUAAAUGUAUUAUUAAAACAUUAGAAAAUGAACAUAAUAAACAAGAUUAUUUACGAGAAAUUGAAAUUUUCCGUCAUAUUCAUCAGAUAAAUCUAUCUUGUCUUAUUGGUAUUUGUAUUUCAUCACAAUAUUCAUAUCCAUUAAUAAUUUAUGAAUAUUUAAAUCAUGGAAAUUUACAUGAAUAUUUAAUUUUACAAAGUUCAAAAAAUAUUAAUUUAAAGGAUUUUCUUUUUAUAUCAAUACAAAUUGUAUCUGGAAUGAUAUAUUUAUCGGAAAAAAAAUUUCUUCAUAAUGAUUUGUCAGCAAAAAAUAUUCUUUUAUGUGAACAUUUAAAUAUUAAAAUAACAAAUAUAGGACGUUAUCAACGAAAAUAUCAUUUAGAUUAUUAUAAUAUAGCAAAUCAUUCCUUACCUGUAAGAUGGAUGUCAAUUGAAUCAUUAUUAUCAGGUAUUUAUUCUGAAAUGUCUGAUGUUUGGUCAUUUGGUGUAUUAUUAUGGGAAAUGUUUUCAUAUGGUACUCAACCAUAUUAUGGAUAUACAAAUCCUGAAGUUAUUGAAAUGAUACGUGAUAGAAUAUUAUUAGUAUGUCCAAUAAAUUGUUCAAAAAAAAUUUAUGUAUUAAUGUGUUCAUGUUGGGAAGAAAUUAGUGAACAACGACCAACAUUUAUUGAACUUAUGCAACGAUUAAAACAAUUACAAGAGAAAACAACAUUAUUGUCUAUUGAUGAUGAAUUAGAAUUGUCGAAUCAAUUGGAAUCAUUUAGAGAAAAAUUAUAG